AUGGUCGGCCCCAAGGUUGGAAUCAACGGCUUCGGUCGUAUUGGAAGAAUUGUCUUCCGUAACGCCAUCUCCCGCGAUGAUGUCGACGUUGUUGCCGUCAACGACCCCUUCAUCGAGCUCGAGUACGCUGCCUACAUGCUCCGCUACGACAGCACCCACGGCAAGUUCCAGGGUACCAUUGAGGUCGCUGGCCAGGACCUCGUUGUCAACGGCAAGAAGAUCCGCUUCUUCGCUGAGCGUGACCCCGCUGCUAUCCCCUGGGGCUCCGUCGGCGCUUCCUACAUCGUCGAGUCCACCGGUGUCUUCACCACCACCGAGAAGGCCUCCGCCCACUUGAAGGGUGGUGCCAAGAAGGUCGUCAUCUCCGCUCCCUCUGCUGACGCCCCCAUGUUCGUCAUGGGUGUCAACAACACCUCCUACAAGACCGACAUCAACGUCCUCUCCAACGCUUCCUGCACCACCAACUGCCUUGCUCCCCUCGCCAAGGUUAUCCACGACAAGUACAACAUUGUUGAGGGUCUCAUGACCACCGUCCACUCCUACACUGCCACCCAGAAGGUUGUUGACGCUCCCUCCGCUAAGGACUGGAGAGGUGGCCGUACCGCUGCCCAGAACAUCAUCCCCAGCUCCACUGGUGCCGCCAAGGCUGUCGGCAAGGUCAUCCCUGCCCUUAACGGCAAGCUCACUGGUAUGGCCAUGCGUGUGCCCACCUCCAACGUUUCCGUUGUCGACUUGACUUGCCGCAUCGAGAAGGGUGCUACCUACGAUGAGAUCAAGCAGGUCAUCAAGGCCGCCUCCGAGGGCGAGCUCAAGGGCAUCCUUGGCUACACUGAGGACGACAUUGUCUCCACUGACUUGAACGGUGACAACCACUCCUCCAUCUUCGAUGCCAAGGCUGGUAUCGCCCUCAACGCCAACUUCAUCAAGUUGGUCUCGUGGUACGACAACGAGUGGGGUUACUCCCGCCGUGUUAUCGACCUGAUCUCCUACAUCUCUGGUGUUGAUGGCCAGUAG